UUUAUCUUGUGCAUCCAUCAACAGUCUCACCUCUUCUUCGUGAUGGAAUACCUGAACGGCGGCGAUCUCAUGUUCCACAUCCAGCAGUCCGGAAGAUUCCUGGAGCCGAGGGCGCGUUUCUACGCGGCGGAAAUCGUUUCCGGUCUGAAGUUCCUCCACAGCAAAGGCAUCGUCUACAGGGAUCUCAAAUUGGACAACAUCCUGUUGGACUUCGAUGGACACGUCCGCAUCGCAGAUUUCGGAAUGUGCAAACUGCAGAUCUUCCUGGACAGGACGGCGGAUACGUUCUGCGGGACACCGGAUUACAUGGCUCCUGAAAUCAUCAAAGGUCAACACUACAACCAGAACGUGGAUUGGUGGUCCUUCGGUGUUCUAUUGUACGAGAUGCUGAUUGGACAGUCUCCUUUCAGCGGUUGCGACGAGGACGAACUCUUCUGGUCCAUCUGCAACGAAAGGCCCGUCCUUCCACGUUUCUUAAGUCGAGAAGCUAACAACAUCCUUACUCUGCUGUUGGAGAAGGAUGCGACGAAGCGACUUGGUAACAAAUUCUGCUUGCAAGGCGAUAUUCAAGAUCAACCCUUCUUUCAUCCGGUCGACUGGGAGCUGCUGAAUCUGCGGCAGCUGGAGCCACCGUUCCGUCCAAAUUUGCAACAUCCGCUCGAUACUCAAUACUUUGACAGAACCUUCACGGCGGAGAAGGCGAAACUCACGCCCAUCAACCAGACCAUCCUCCAGUCGAUGGACCAGACGCAGUUCCAAGGCUUCAGCUACACGAAUCCGAACGCCACCGAUAGAUAGGAUUAGCUGAAAAGAGAAGAUUGCAUUCUUCUUUUGUUUAUUGUUUUUUUUUUUUAUUGUACUAUUUACCAACACUACUAUUAGAAUUAACGUUUGUUGAUGGUAAAAAGAGAAGUGGAGAAAGCUUUAAUCUUAAUGUUUCUUGUACCUUUGAAUUUGUCUAAGUCUAAUUUAUAUUUAUACAUAAACAUUAUAUAACAAUGUAUAGUGCGCAUCUUGUAAGUUAGGUCCCGAGAGGCUAUAUGAAGUAAGGCAAAAAAAAAGAAG